AUGGUGGUGGAGUUAACGAGUUCUUAUUGGGUUCUUACGUUCGUCGGAAUUGCUGUCACAUUUGCUCAAGUUCUACUCAACGUCUACAUCUUUCACAAAUACACACUGUAAGUCGGCAAAUGUCAUCAAAAGAAGGUUUGAUAUUAUCCAGAAAGUCGAGAAUAUGGAAGAAACUUGAGUAUCAACUCAUACUACUUCGUGUCGUUUUCGACGGAUUGAAUGGGCUUGGAAGUGAGCGUCACUUUUUUGAAGAUCAAAACGAUGACCAGAUGCUUCAGGCUUUACGUACUUCACCUCGAGCAUUCCAAUCCUAAUCUUCCCCGAUGUUUUUCCAUUUGAUAUCGCGUUCCUCAUUGCUCUCUUUGGGUCCAACCUUCUGGAAAUGCGCAGUUUCCUGGCGGCCGUCAUUUCCAUCGAACGCGUGUUGGCUACCACAUUCCCCAUCGAAUUCUACCGUUACCGAAACCGAAUUUCCAAUCUCCCUAUCAUUGGCUUCAUUAUUUUCACAGGCCUGUCUGGCGACGUCGUUCUUUUCGGCUUCUGCGGCUUCCGUCUGCCCAUCUCUUCCGAUUGCUCCAAUUUCUCAUGUGCUACUCCGACAUGCUAUCAGAAUUACUUGGCCGCCACAAAGAUAGUCUACGCCUCGCUCAACUCUCUCUUCUCCACUGUUCUCUGCUUUAAACUGCUCUGGUUGUCGUGGCAACAUACUGAAAGUCCGACGGAUCUCCGGAAGGCCAAUUUGCUUUCGCUGACCGAUGGACUCUCGACUCUUCUCUUCGACCUGCUGCCUUCGCUACUUUUCAAUAGCGGCAUAAUUAAUAUCAAGGUACAAAAAGUUGAAGAUUGAAUGUCACUAAUCGCCUUUCAGGGCCCAGUUAUGGGAGUUUUACGUCAAAUGGGAAGAGCUGUCGAGGCCGCAGUGAUGGUGAGACUGAUGAAGAAGACGAAACGCGUGGCACACGUCAGAUUGUCCGCCAGCAACCGUCAGAACGUUCAUUGA